CUCAUUCUCAAGCUGUACGUGCGCACCAUCUAAUCAUCAAGAAAGAAUUGAUGGAUUCACAAGACAAGUUGACUCCUGCGUUGUGUGCCAAGGGCUGUGGCUUCUUUGGCUCUCCAGAGAACAAAAAUCUUUGUUCAAAGUGUUACAAAGACUAUCUCAAAGAAGAGGUAAUUGCUAAGACUGCAGACAAACUCUCUGAACUUGUCAUCACCCCAUCAUCUGAUGAUAAGAACCCAGCUGUUGUUUCUAAUGAAACAGCUUCAACAACCACUGCUACUGCAUCCGCUACAACAGUGCUGAAAAAUAGAUGUGAAUGCUGCGGCAAGAAAGUUGGUUUGAUGGGGUUCAAGUGCCGCUGUGGGAAAACCUUCUGUGGGGUUCAUCGAUAUGCCAAGGAGCACUCCUGCACCUUUGAUUUCAAGACUUUUGAUCGACAAAUUUUGGCUAAGCAAAACCCGCUUGUUGCUGGUGAUAAACUUGAUGCUAGAAUCUGA